UGACGGCUACCCAAGGUAGCUUACGUUAGCCAUUCGUCGAUGUACAUUGUAGGAUACGGUAGGAUAACGGUUGUACUUUUAGUCUGAUAUGAUAUUAUAGUAAAAUUCCUUUUCCCGGUCGAUGUUUAUGGAUUUCCAGAAGUUGACGUGUCUUUGAACGGACUUCCAGGUAACGUAACGUAACGAAAAAUGCCUUUGCAUGGGAAAAUAGUCGUGGUUAAGAGGAGUGGAGGAGAUGGGACUGAGUUUCCUCUUACUGCAACAUGCUUGUUCGGAAGGAAGCCUGACUGCGAUAUUCGUAUUCAGCUUCCUCAGGUCUCCAAGGAGCAUUGCAGGAUUGACCUGAAUGAAAAUAAAGAGGUCAUUUUGACUAAUUUGAGCUCAGUGAAUCCAACUCGUGUCAACGGAGAGGCUUUGCAGCAGUCUGAGCGUUUGAAGCACGGAGACUUGAUAACAAUUAUUGACCGUUCUUUCAGGUUUGAGUACCCUCCAGCACCCACACCAAAGAAGAGGUCUUCCAUAGGAGGCAAAACUGAAACCUUCAAAGUUCUUAAAGAUCAGCAAGUGGGGGACACUGUGACCACUGAAGCAGGAGAAAAGAGGAUCUCUGAAGUGCACACAGACCCUCAUCUGAAAGAUGGAACUAACCAUGACAACAUCCAGCGAUCCCUGGAGAAAACUAUGGAGUUGGAGUCAAAGGGGGACGAUAGCCUGCUGCAAAACAAGACCGCCUCCCCCUUCAAUGAUCUGUAUCAAAUGAUCAAGAAAUCUCUGGAUGUCAAGACCCCUCGAAAAUCUUCUGCCAGUCUCCUCCAAACACCUACUUCCAGGUUUUGCACUCCAAAACCUUGUUCAGUCAGGAAAAAUGAUGGAAAACCGGCCACUUCCACAGAAGACAAAAGCACUCCUAAGAAGGAUGAAGCUAAAGUCACUUCUGGAGCUGAUGAAACUACUGAAGAGGCUGAAAAUAUAAGUAAGGGGACCCCAAAGUCUGUUAAGAAGCAGAGGAAGUCCUUCCAGGUUCCUAAUACUGAGAUGGCCAGACCAGAAGCUGAAAAUUCUGCCACGCCAGAGGCACCUUCAGCCCAGAAGAAAAGUCGUGCAACCCCCCAGAGGUUCACUGUGUCUGAGGUUAUUGAGCAGGUUUCCACUGAAACGCCCAAGUCACCUAUGAGAAGGAGAAGCAAGGACGCCACACCAGCCAAACCUUCAGUGGCAUCUCCCAAAACAGAGCCGGUUCGAAAGGCAUCACCAAGAAACUCAGGGAAAGUUGAAAAAGUGCAAGAGAAGGCCAAAAAACGCGAAAGUGGAGAACUUGCCGCUGACUUGCCCUCACAACAAAUGAAGAAGAAACGGGUUUCCUUUGGAGGUCAGCUGAGUCCUGAGUUAUUUGACAAACGGCUGCCUCCUGACUCUCCGUUAUGCAAGGGUGCUGCUCCACGGAGAAGCUUGUGUCUGUUGAAACCCAAACUGUCACUCCUUAGACGAGCAUCAGCCAUUGGCCUGCUACAGGAAAGUCCAAAAACAGGAACUCCAUCACCUAAAAAGUCAAGUGCCAAGAAUGCUUCUCCUAAGACUCCAACACCUGGAAAGAACUCACCAAAAUCCAGGUCUCCAUCUCCCAAGGCAGCAACUCCUGCACAGAAGUCACCAAAGUCAAGGACCCCUUCUCCCAAGGCAGCAACUCCUGCAAACAAGUCACCAAAAUCCAAGAAUCCAUCUCCUUCUAGAAACAAAGUGGAGACUCCUAAGGCCAGCAAACAGCCAACACCAGGAGUCCAGACCCCUACAGUACAAGGUCGCUUCUCUGUGUCACGGAUCAGCACACCAUCUCCAGUUGCAGAAGAGGCUGUUACUGAAGUCACUGUAACUCCUAAAUUGCCCCUGAGGAGGAAGAGCAUGAAGAGCGCCUCACGGAAGACUCCCAGUAUGGCAAAGAGUGCUGUAAAAGUAAUGCUUAGAAGAAGUGGAGUUUCACGGGCAUCUAUGAAAGUCAAAAGUUCCUGGGCAGACACUGUGAAAUUUGGACAAAGUAAGGCUCAAGUGGUUGUUCCGGCAAAAAAAACUGUCACCAAAAAGACAGUGAAGAAGGCUGUGUCCAAACCACAGACCCCUGCAAGAAAACUCAUUGACCACGUCAGCACUGGACAUGCAAAUUCACCUGUUACAAUUGUUGUGGGCAGAGCUCAUAAACAAAAUGUUGUACAUUCAACUGGUGCUGCUCCAAGACUGGUCACCAAUACUGCCCUCCCCAAAAAGAGCAUGAAAAUGGACGAGGACUUGACUGGACUUUCUGAAAUGUAUAAAACCCCUGUAAACGUGAGGAUGAGAUCUGCUAUAAUCAAUGAGAACAGUGCCAUGAAGACACCAAUGAUCGGUCUGGGCACAUCUGUGGUUGAACCAUCAGUGUUGAACACACCAGAGGAGCCAGAUGAAAUGAUGGUGUCACCACUUAGUGUUUCGUCUACAGUAAAAGACGUAAAAUACAGCAACGAGGCAGUCCAACGCUUCCUUAAUGGAGAUCAAGAAUCUAGCUUUGUCAGCGCCAUCCCUGCCAUGGAGACUCACUCCGAUGAUUCUGGUGAACCGCAGUGCACAGAUUUGAAGACAACCUCUGUAACAACUCCCAAACAGAAGCCAGAAUUACCAGAGUGUCUCACUGGAGUGAAGAGGAUCAUGAAGACGCCAAGACAGAAGGCUGAACCUGUCGAGGACUUGAGAGGGAGACUUCUCAAAACUCCUAAACAGAAGCCUCAACAGCAGGAGUGUCUCACUGGAGUGAAGAGAAUCAUGAAGACCCCAAGACAGAAAGCUGAGCCUGUUGAAGACCUGCGAGGGAAUAUUUUGAAGACUCCUAAGCAGAAACCUGAACAACAAGAGUGCCUCACCGGAGUUAAGAGAAUUUUCGAGACCCCACAACAGGAGGCUGAACUCUUCGAAGACCUUCAAGAAAACGCUCUGAAAACUCCCAAAGCUCUAGAUGCUGGUGACGCAAGUUUGGUUGCUGUUAAGGAAAUUGUGGAGACACCAGCACACAUGCAAGAAUCUGAAAUUAAAGACCUGAAAACCCCCAACGUGAAGAGCUCCCCAUUGGUAUGUCUUACGGGUAUCAAGAGAAUAAUGAAGACGCCUAAGGAGAAGAGUGCUGCAGUUGAGGACUUUGAGGGACUUCAGGAGCUCAUGGAGGAGCCACUGUCUGAUCCCACAGGACAAACAGAGACACAUGAGGUUGAAGAUCAAACACCAGAUUGUGAUACAGAUGUUGCAAAAGAACUAGACUUUGCGCAUGAGGAGCCACAAGAGGAUGUGCCAUCAGAUGUGAUCGAUAAUGUUCCCCAACUUGAGAUGGAAAAGGAAGCGGAUGCCAAUGAAGUUGUAGGUGAUGACCACUUACAGGAGGUGCCAAGCGUACAAAAUGAAUCAUCAGAAGCCAUGGAAACUCUCUCUCAAGCAGCAGUGGAUGAGAAUUUACCUGUGGAUGCAGUGCAUGAGACUGUAUCUGAAGAACAACCUAAAGUGGAGACUGCUACUGGCAACGUCUCAGAAAUGGAGACAACUGCAACAGAUAUUGACCAUGAGAAGAAACCCGUUCGGGGCAGAAGGGCAAAAACGGUGGAAUCCAAAUCACCUGAUGAUGAACAGGAGGCAACAGAACAUUCUGAAGAUCCUGUUGUCCCCACUCCAGUCAGAGGAAGAAGAGGGAAGAAAACUGAAGCUGCAGCACCACCCGCUGUUAGGCAAACGACAAGAAGCAGAAAUGCAAAGACCACUGAAAGCAAGGAUGCUGAGCUUGCCAUGGAGAAAACUGCCUCUGUGCCUUCCAAAGUCGACCUUAAGCCUAAAAGAGGAAGAAAUGCCAAAAAAGCUUCUGAUGAUCAAGCCGAAAUGGUCCAAGAGUUUGCAGCUGAAACUGAAACGGUGCCAGAACCUGAGAGUGAGCAGAGUGUUCCAGUUGAUGUCAACCAUGAAGCAAAUGAAGCACCCCUUGAGAAGGCUGUGUUGAAACCCAAGAGAGGAAGAAAAACUAAACAACCUGUGCCAGAGCAGGAAGAUGUGCCUUGUACUCACAGUGACAAUGUUCCUAAUGCUGACGCAGCAAAAGAAUCUGAGUCUAAUGAAGUCUACAGUGAUCAGCUGGAGGUGGCGCCCAGUGGAAGUGAUGAAAAUAAAUCAUCAGAUGUCAUGGACACCCAGGCACCUGCAACUGAGAGCUUACCUGAAGUGGAGACUUGCACAGUCACAGAAAUGGAUGCAGCUGUCGUUCAGAAGAAAUCUGUUAGAGGCAGACGGGCGAAAGUGGUGGAAUCUAAAGAUCCUGUUGUCCCUGCUCCAGUCAGAGGAAGAAGAGGGAAGAAAACUGAAGCUACUGCACCACCUGCUGUUAGACAAACGUCAAGACGCAAAAAUGCUAAAUCUCAAGAAAGCACCUCUGAUCAACCUGAAAUGCUACCAGAGAAAGCUGUGGAAACACUGGUGACUGAGAAUUCCAAUGAAGCAGUGAGUGACCAGACUUCUCCCAUAAAUACCCACCAAGAUGAAAAUGAUUGCGUACCCCCUGCAGAGGAAGCUGUCGUGAAGCCCAUUAGAGGUAGAAAAACUAAACCAACACCGGUUGAGCCACCUCAACCAGAGCAGGAGAAAAGUGAAGUUGUGAGUGAUGAGCAGCUUAUGGCAGAAGCUCAGCCUCAAAAGACCAAUUCUACUCUUGGGAAACCCAGACGAGGGAGAAAGACAAAACCUGAUCCUGUUGAAGAAAAUGAGGUGGCAGAAGACACAGUUGUCACUGUGGAGACCAAACCACUGUCUCAGCCUCCAGUCAGGGCCAAGAGGGGAAGAAAUACCAAACAGGAAGAAGAAAAGCUAGAGAACGAUGAGAAGACAACUUCAGCUGAGACAGCUAAAUCCCAGGAGCCAGUUAAGAAAUUGAGGAGAACCAGGAAGGCAGAGCCAGAACAUGUAGAACCAAGAGAAGAAGUCCAAACUGUUGAGGUUGUUCCAGAGGAACCUAAAGCUCCGUUGGUUGCUGAGCCAGUGAAGAUGGAUGAACAGGCUACCGUGGCUGCAAAACCCAGGAGAGGAGGGCGGAAAGCAAAAGCAGACACUGAGAGUGAAAGCCCUGCUGAAUUCACUGAAGUCCAAGAGAUCCCCACAGUCAGCUCCACAGACAAACCCAAACGGGGUAGGAGAGGGAAACAAGUUGCUGUUGUACCAGAGGAGAAACCUGAGCUGGAGGCUGAAGAGCAGAAGACAGCUGAGCUGGAUGCUCCAGUCAUUAAACAUAGCAGAGCAAGGGGGGUGAAAAAUGAGGUUUCACAAGCCAUUCCAGCCAAGAGAGCCCACCGUGGUGCGACUCUUCCCGUCAAGGAGACUAACGCAGAAUCCACAGUCCAGGUAUCAGAGGCUGCACCAGCUUCAGUAGAGCCAGCCAAAAGGGGGAGACGUGCAGCAGCAAAGCCCACAACAGAUGAUGCCAGUCCCACUGAAGAUUUAAGCAAUGCUGUCGUGGAAGACACAAAAAUGUCCAAAAGAUCUGUCAAGUGGAAAAGUGACUUGGAAGUCUUCAACAUUCCAAAAGGAACACCUGUAAAGGCGGUCCGAGGGAGGAAAUCAAAACUUGGAGACCAAGUUGAAAGCAAAAAUGUGUCGGAAGAUGCCAGCAAAACUGAAGAGAAGGAUCUCUCAGAUAAAGUUGUCGAAGCUCAGCCCGCCAAGAGAGCCAGGCGAGGGGCAAAGGUCGCUGAUGUAACCAUUGACGAAGCGGAGUCCACAAGCGAGGUGAAAGGUGUUGAGGCUGAGACGCAGCCAAAAACCAGAAGAGGAAGAUCAGUAAAGAAAUAAAAGCCUUUGUAUAUAUUCAGAAUCAUAAUGGUUUUUUUCCCCUUUUAAAAUCUUUUUGUACUUGUCAUUUUUUAGAUUGUACUGUGUUUUAGAAAGUAGUUUUAUAGACUGAAAUGAAGCACUGCUUUUUUUUUUUGUUUUCAAUUCAGCAGGGAAUCUCGUAUUAACCAUAUAUGUUGUGACAAGUUGUAUGUUAUUCUUUACUUCAUUACAUUGCAGAUAUUUUUAUGGUGAAAAAAGUUAUUAAAUUUUGUGUACAAUGGAAAAAAAAAA